UUUGUCACCAGCUGUUUUUGUUGAUUUGCUUUAGAUCGGAUUUACCAGACGUUUUCUUUUCUCUACUUGUGAUUUUUAUGAUUUCGAGUUUACACUGUCACAGGUAGUUGUUUCUAUGCUCUGUGUUUGGCGGGAAUAUUUGCCGAUGAUUUAUUAGUGUACACGUCACGAACUCGCAAAACACGACAACAUGGGGAAUGAAGGUAGCAAGGGUCUGGUAAUUGACAAGAAUGCUGUGGAAGCAAAUGAUUUCUGGGCUCUGUACAAUGCCUCCACCGUUCCGAGCAACAAUGGCAGUGGUGCGGCUACUGAAGAAGAAACUCGUUAUCUUUCAGUAUUUCAGGGAGAGCCCGUUGUGACAGGACAGUUGUGGGUGUCACAAGGACCUAUGGAAAGGGCAAUAAAGAAUCAAAUGAUAUAUAGACAUCCAUAUAUACUAAAGUAUGUUAAUAACUGGGAGCAAGGUGGUCAAAAGCAUUUGGCUACUGAACGAGUACGUCCUCUACAAUCUGUAUUAAAUCAACAAUCGGAUAUACAAAUCUGUUUAGGAUUGCGCACCAUAUUAUGCAGCUUGAUAUUUCUGGUAGAGAAGGCAAUGGCACGUCACUUAAAUAUAUGCACUGAUUCAAUAUACGUCACGGAUUCUGGAAGUUGGCGUUUAGCUGGUUUUGAGUAUGUGUGGAAACAAAAAGAAGUUACCAAAACUCUAUUAGACUAUGCCAAGGCAUACCGUUAUCAGGCCGCAAUGGAUCCCGAUGAAUCGAAAGAGGGAAAUAUGGAUGCAAUUGAACAGUACGCAUUUGCCACACUAUGUGAAGAAAUCCUAACGAAACAGUUCGAAAGUCAAAAACAAUCAAAUUCAACACCAAUACCGCAUGUUCAGGAAUUCAAAGACUACUGUGCUACUCACUUGAAACAUAAAAAUGCCCAAAUGAGACCGAAAUUAUCGGCUGUCCUGCUACAUCCGUAUUUCAAUCAUGAAUUUGUACUUAUUCAUGCCUUCCUCUUUGAGCUGCCUUUGAAGAAUAAUAAUGAAAAGCAGGACUUUUUUACCGGACUAAUAGAUAGACUGCGUUACUUUGAUGAGGAAAUUGUGGGAGCCCAAUUUGCCGGGGAUCUUCUGUCACGCAUGGUUUUAUUGGACACCACAGCUCAGUUGUGUGUUACACCCUAUGUUUUGCGUACCAAAACCGACCACUCUUCAGCUUUAUUCUCGGGCACUACAUAUUGUAAAUACUUGAUGCCUCAUAUAUUGAAAAUGUUCCGUUUGAAAGAUGCCCAAAUACGCUUAAUAUUACUUGAAUAUUUUAUGGAAUUCGUACGCCUUUUAAGUAAAGAAGAUUUGGAGAUAAACAUUUUGCCACAUCUUGUCGUGGGAAUGCAAGAUACCAAUGAUGUUUUGGUGGCCAAGACAUUGCGAUGCAUGGCUGAUUUAGUACCAAUUUUGGGUGCUGCCACAGUCUUGGGAAGCCAAAGAACACGAUUGUUUUCCGAUGGCCGGCCACAGGCAGCAAUAUCAGCCUCACAUUGGGUAGAACCAAGAUCGAUUACACCAGUUCUAGGUGAAGGAGGUGACUGCCCAAUCAUGGUCUCUGGUAGUCCAAUUCCUGAUAAUAACUUAUUGAGUAAAAGCAAUAGCUAUUCAUCAUUAUCGCAAGCCAUAUCAGAUACUUAUGAACAUAAUAUGCCGCCACGUCUCAGUCCGGACGGUGGUGAAGACGUUAAAUCAGCCAUAAUACAAGAUAACAAUGAUUUAAUGAUCGAUGACGAACCAGAUGUUGAAAUUGAACUAGAAAAGGAGCCGGAGAAGAUACACUCAGAUAUCAACAAAAAUCCCAAAGAACUUGUCGAGGAAAAUCAUGCCGAUGAAGAUGAUGCAUGGUCUGAUUGGGAAAAUGAUGAAGAAGUUGAGCAAACCAACAGUGGCAUAGAAAUACAAACGAAUCUAAUAUCAAAUAUUUCAACGAACAAAUUAACGCUGUCGUCUGCAAUGACAACAUCCGCCUCCUCUUCCUAUAACACAUUACCUUCUCAAAAUUCUUCAAGUAAUUCGUUUAAAACUGCUCAAUCGAAUAACAUUUCUUCUUCACAUUCCUCAUUGGUCAAACCCACGGUGUUGACAUCAAUUACCGAUGAUUUAUCAUGUUUAGAUAUACAAGUACAAAAAACUCCAGCAACUGCCAGUACUGGGGAUUCGGAUUUUGAUUUUUUCAAAGAUAUGGAACCAGUUAUAGCCAGCAAUAAACCCUUGCAAAUUUCUCCGCCCGCAACAUACAAAUGGUUGGAUACGGAAGAAAAUAUAACUGUUGAUUCAUCGAGAUUUGUUGCAGCCGAUGUUGGCAGCGAUGCCAGUGGUUGGCAAAUAGACGAUGAUGACGAUAUUGGAGGAGGUUUAGACGAUUUAGUGUCAACGACAACGGCACCUGCAUCGUGAACACCUUAUGUUUAGUAUACAUAUUGCAUAUGAACAUACAUACAAACAUAUGUCAAACAAACAUUCUUAAUUUAACAUAAUGCAAAUGGGAAAACGAUCUCAUUUACCAUGAGUGUGUGUAUUUAAUAUUUUAAAAAUCAAAUUUAUAGCGUUAAUUAUUUGUAAUUCAUAAAGUAAUUUUUUAAAGAAUGGAAAACAAAAUUAUGUGGCUUAGCAUUAAAUAUUUGUUAUCAUCAUUGCAGGAACAAAACAUAAGCAUGUAAUUUGUUUAAGAAUAUAUCAGUUUUAUUUAUUUUCAUGUUAAUGUUUGACCCUUGUACGGUCAAACUGCAGCAAUUGCAUAAAAACUGUUUUGUAAUUGAAUUUCAAUAUGAAUAGAUAUUGUUUUAAGAACGUAAUAAAUAAUAAUCACUAUCUAUCAAAA